AUGUCCAUCCCCAGAUUGGCCACCACCAUAAAUACUGCCAUUCGCACGCUUCAAUUGUCUAUCGAUCACGCCCUGGCGAUAAGUUAUCGCCGAAAUGCAUAUGAAAAGAAAAUGGCGUAUGUUGCCCACAUCACCUUCGUAAAGGGCAUUCCAUUUUACGGGUAUCAUGUUGGAUACAGGUUCUUUUUUAAGAUAUACCUGUUCAACCCUAUGAAUAUGACGCGUCUUGCCGACCUACUGAGACAAGGAGCUGUCAUGAAACGCGUUCUGCAGCCGUACGAGAGCCAUCUGCAAUAUUUAUCACAAUGGAUGUGUGAUUACAAUCUGUACGGCUGUGCGUAUCUCAAGAGCAGCAAAGUGACUUUCCGAGCGCCGAUACCGACCUAUCUGGAAAACUCGACACAUAUUUGGCAUGACCGUUCCAUUCCAGAGAGCGCUGUUCUUGAUAAUUCCAUUUUGCCACGACAGAGUCACUGCGAUUUAGAAGUUGAUAUCCAUGUUCAAGAUAUUAUAAAUCGUUCCGAGGUUAAGGAGCGGCCCAUACAUCAGGACUUCGUCGAAAUGCUUCAGCCUCUGGAACCGGACAAGAAGCUUGUACCCAGCUUGGCUGGGCUAUGGGAAGAAGAAGCCCAGCGAAGGAGGAGCAAGCUUAAUCCCUCCGAUGCGGAUAGCGGUUCCUCUUUCCGUCCUGAAGAGUUGGUAUCCAUGUCUGCAGAUCCUAGAAAAACGGGUCCUGGCGGUUGGGUUCAUGAGGAGGAGUACAGAACAAAAAUGCAAGCUGUUGCAGAUGAGGAGCAUCUUGGACGAAAGCCCACUUACACUGAUUUUGUUGCUACGACGCCUUUCGAAGCUACCAUUCGAUCAGCUUUAAGCAGUGUUGAAGAUCUGUUUCCUGGUAACAUACAGGUAAUGGAGCCCGAGGAUUUUGGAAUUGAUAAAAUGGCGGAGGAGUCGAGGGCGCAUGUCGAUGUAGAUGAGAGCCUUAUAGUUACCCCUAGACAGGAGGGCUUCUCGUAUGAUUCGGAUGAGGGUGAUGUGAAUGACUCAUUUUUGCACGAGCAGGAAGUUGAGAUUGCAGGAGACUUAGAGCCCAAAUCAGCGGAUGAUCUAACAAUCUCUUCAAGCCUUAGCAACCAGGAUUGUUCCAAGGGGUCCAAGGAAACUGAAGCUGAAAAUCAGGUAGAUCUGUUGGAUCUCAAACGGUUCGGGGUUAGACCGUCUAACGAUUUCAUCAACAGCCAGGAUGACGUUUUCAAGAUCGACGAAGAGUUCAUUAGCGACAUAGAUUCCCGGCUGAAAGGUUUGAAGCGCGCAAAUUCAACUUUACGUGAAACUGAUGUGGAGAAUAAGCGGCUUAAACUAGGAAAUGAUGGCAAGAUUCCCCCUAUCACGAAUGCCACUUGCCAUGACCGUUUAAACAGCGCCACUACACAAAACUUGCUAGUGGGUGAAUCGACGGAGUUAGAAUCCGCAACCGUUAAUUUCCCAUCUUCAUCUCAACUUAAACAAUCCCAGAAGCUUAGCAGAAGUAACAACGGAAAUAAGCGCAUCUCCUUCCAUGUUGUCAAGGAUCCGCACGACCCAGCUACUAUUUCAAGGCUGAGUCAACAGGAUAUUUCGUCGCAGAAAUCACAAUCGCAGGGUUCAAAACAAGUCGCUUCCCUAUCUGUAUCCGCCUUGGAACCAGCAGUUAGCAACCGCACAUUUGACGAUUCUUCCAAGUUAAAUCAAUCGGAGACGCAUUCAUCCUCCGUUUUGGAACCUCAACACAAUCUUUACGAGUCAUUCAACAUACCACCAGAGUGUAGAAUUUUUAGUUUCAUUCCAGCCUGCCCUUCACGUUCUGAGGUUCUAACUACAAUGCAAGCGGAUGGCCGGCCAUCAAUUAUAUACCAGGGCCCCCAUUACAGCAACGAGGAAGACGUCCCUGAUCGUGCACGCGAAUAUGCUGGAAGAGAGUUCAAGUUGGAAAGCACCACAGUGCCUUAUCUUCCUCUGUUUGAUCUGACCGGGUAUUCUCCCGCGUUGUUCGGAGACAAGCCAUCAAUAAUUAUCAACAGAGAUGCUUUUGAGAAGGAAAACAACAAACUCCGUAAAUCGUGCUCAUUGCGGACUUGGGAAUUUGCACCAACUGCACCAAGCCGUAGUGAAGUUGUCGAGUGGCUUGAGGAAGACAUUCGCAAAUUGAAGGAUGCUAAAGGGAAUAAUAUUCCUUCACAGAAGCCUGCAAGUUCCGCUCUUUCUCAGAUUGAGGGACCAACACAAAAGAAUCGCCAUGGAUUCAAGUAUUCUCAGAAAAAACCGGCGAGGAACGUACGACAAGAGGCUCAAUAUAUGAGUGUUAUGAGUCUCGAGGUUCAUGUGAAUACACGUGGCACUUUAGUUCCAAAUCCCGAAGAGGAUGAAAUCUCCUGUGUUUUCUGGUGCGUGCAGGAUGGCGAAACUGAGAUCAAUGACGACGAUGAUUCUGCUGGCAUUACUGCAGGGAUUAUUGCUCUAUCAGAAAAUGAGAGCCUCGCCUCUAGGAUAUCUCCCACUAUGAUCUCCGAGUUUGAGGAAGAACAUACCGAGCUUGAUCUUUUAACGAGACUGGUUGAUGUUGUAAGGCAGCGUGAUCCAGAUAUUUUAACUGGCUAUGAGGUACAUAAUAGCUCAUGGGGUUACCUGAUUGAAAGGGCGAGAUACAAGUAUGAUUAUGACCUCUGCGACGAGUUGUCCAGGGUGAAGACAAAUUCUCACGGACGUAUUGGCAAGGGGAAUGAUCGCUGGGGUUUCAAUCAUACGUCUUCAAUUCGGAUUACUGGCCGACACAUGAUCAACAUAUGGAGGGCCAUGCGAGGGGAACUCAACUUGCUCCAAUAUACUAUGGAAAACGUAGUCUUCCAUCUCCUCCACCAACGAAUUCCGCAUUACCCUUUUCAAGAUUUAACGAAAUGGUUUACCAGCAAAAGACCGCGGGAUAUUGCGAAGGUCAUCAAUUACUUUCUCUCGCGAGUUCAACUGGAUCUAAAAAUCAUCGAGUCGAACGAAUUGAUUUCCAGAACUAGUGAGCAAGCUCGAAUAUUGGGCAUUGAUUUCUUUUCUGUUUUCUCCAGAGGAUCGCAGUUCAAAGUCGAGUCCCUCAUGUUCCGAAUUGCUAAACCGGAAAAUUUCAUCCUCAUCUCCCCGGGCAAGAAACAAGUGGGACAGCAGAACGCACUCGAAUGCUUGCCGCUUGUCAUGGAGCCUCAAAGCGAUUUCUACACCAGCCCCCUCUUAGUGCUCGACUUCCAGUCCCUCUAUCCGAGUAUCAUGAUCGCAUAUAAUUACUGCUAUUCGACUUGCUUGGGAAGAGUUGUGAGUUGGCGGGGUCAGAACAAGUUGGGGUUUAUUGACUUCAGGAGGCCCGCAGGCCUCCUUGAACUGCUCAAGGACCAGAUCAAUAUCGCCCCCAAUGGUAUUAUAUACGCCAAGCAGGAGGUCCGCAAGUCACUACUAGCGAAAAUGUUAAUAGAGAUUCUGGAAACUAGAGUUAUGGUCAAAGGUGGUAUGAAGGCUGCCAAGGACGAUAAGUACUUGCAGCGUCUACUUAAUAACCGACAACUAGCGCUGAAGCUGAUCGCCAACGUCACCUAUGGAUAUACAUCAGCUUCAUUUUCUGGCCGAAUGCCGUGUGCAGAAAUAGCAGAUAGUAUCGUUCAGACAGCCAGAGAGACGCUAGAAAAAGCCAUCGUUUUGAUCCAUUCUGUCGAACGAUGGGGUGCAGAGGUAGUCUAUGGGGAUACCGACAGCAUCUUUGUUUACCUCAAGGGGCGCACAAGAGAUGAAGCCUUCGAUAUAGGGGAGGAAAUUGCAAGAGCGGUCACAGACUCGAAUCCCCGCCCUGUCAAGCUCAAGUUCGAAAAGGUCUACCAUCCUUGCGUCCUGUUAGCGAAGAAGCGAUAUGUUGGAUACAAGUACGAGAGUCGCUUGCAGAAGGAACCAGAUUUUGAUGCCAAAGGCAUCGAAACCGUACGCCGCGAUGGAACGCCUGCAGAGCAAAAAAUCGAAGAGAAAGCUCUGAAGAUUUUGUUUGAAACCGCAGAUUUGAGCCGAGUUAAAAGCUAUUUCCAGAAACAAUGUGCUAAGAUCAUGCAGGGCAAAGUAUCCAUUCAAGACUUCUGCUUUGCAAAAGAAGUUCGACUGGGAACGUACAGCGAGCGAGGGAUUCCGCCUCCUGGCGCCCUCAUAAGUGCCAAGCGCAUGCUUGAGGAUCCACGGACGGAAGUACAAUAUGGAGAGCGAGUCCCUUACGUGGUAAUAUCCGGUGCACCCGGUGCGAGACUGAUUGACCGAUGUGUAGCUCCGGAAGUACUCCUUCACGACUCUCAGCUAGAGUUAGACGCGGAGUACUACAUAUCAAAAAACCUAAUUCCACCACUCGAGCGAAUCUUCAACCUCGUUGGCGCGAAUGUUCGACAAUGGUACGACGAGAUGCCGAAGUACCAACGCGUGCGGCGUAUAGAAGGUGGCGCAUCGAAUGUGCCUGCAAAUAAGGAGGGAUUGUUCUCGGCGAAAAAGACUUUGGAGUCAUAUAUGAAGUUGUCAUCGUGUGUUGUCUGCCGGGAAAAAUUAGAGGAAGGCGAGGAGCAGAUUUGCACUGGUUGUUUGCGGGAUAGUCACGUUUCGCUGUUGCAGUUGAAAAGUAGAUUGAUGAAGGAGGAAAGGAAAGAAUUUUUUUUACAUAAAAUAUGCCGCUCGUGCAUGGGCGUUUCGUGGGGGGAAGAGGUCAAGUGUGAUAGUAAGGACUGUCCUGUCUUUUAUACGCGGACUCGACAGGGCUCUCAGCUCAGGAGCACGCGAGCGGCAGUUGAGCCUGUCAUCAAGGUUCUAAUGGAGCGCAGUGAGGAGGAUCCCCUGAGUUGGUGA